AUGAGAUCAAUGCGAUUGGGCUGGGAGACAACCUUGAGCCUCCUGAUUUCCAUCAUUGUGUUAUCACGCCUGCCGGCAGCGGCGGGAGCAGUGGCAGCCCUCAACUGCACCAGCAAUGCAGACCAUGGAAACGUUUACAACACCACGGACGCUUCAUACGAUAUCCUGUGCGGCAUUGACUAUGUGACAAGCAACCUGGCCACACACACUGUCGCUACCUUUGAGGGCUGCAUUGCGCUAUGCGACGCCGAGGUGCUCUGUAUCGACGUCUCUUACGUACCCAGCCAGCAACAAUGCUAUAUCAAGAGUCACCUAGACACUCCAUCCAACAACACCGACGUAUGGACGGCCCGGAACCGUGUCUACGACUCCGAAGAGUAUCUGACAUGCAAUAACGGUCGGUCAGAUGGAAUUGUUUACAACACAACUAUUGGCAGCUCGUACAAAAUCUUGUGCAAUGUGGAUUAUUUCGGGGGCGACCUUUUCAACUUACAAAAGGAUACGUUUCUUGGCUGUGUUGAAGCUUGCGAUAGCACGCCUGGCUGCAUUGACAUCUCAUAUGUCCAGCCCAGCUGCUAUCUCAAGCAUUCAACAGGGGUGGCUUCCCUCACGAAAAACGUCUGGACUGCCAAGAGAGUGAAAGAGGCGCCGUCUUCAUCGGCCACGUCUUCUUCGGCCUCGUCUUCAAACAUGGGAAACACGAGCCCUGUCGGAUCGACCACCGCAGCUCCAGCGUUAUCGAGCCCUGUUCCGCCCACUACAUCUUCAUCUUCCAGUCCGAUCAAGUUUCCCACCACUGCACCCUUUGCCAACACCACCAGAUCAUCCACAACAACAUCGACAUCGACACCCUUGACACACUCUGGCGUCGCUACGCCCACCGCCCCUACAUGUGUUGAUGGCGGUAGUGACAACACUAAUUUCACAACAUCGGCCGGAAGCGUCUAUGGGAUUGUUUGCGGGUAUCAACAUGACGCGAGCGUGAUAAGUACGGCUUAUGCAGCUGACUUUGAAGGCUGUAUGGAACAGUGCGACGCUGCGACUAAUUGCAUUGAUAUCACUUACGUCGGGUCAUACUGCUACAUGAAAGCGACAGUUGGAAGUCUCUCCGUGGCUGCCGGCGCAUGGUCAGCGACGCGCAUCAAAAAUGCGGGUGCUAGCGGCUUACAACUCUCCUGUUACAACGACAAAACGAAUGGGACAGUCUUCACUACGGAUCAGGGUAGGCCUUACAGGAUAUUCUGUGGCAUGGACCUUCCUGGUGGAGAUAUGGCUACCGCCAAGGCUAACACCUUUGAGUCGUGCCUAAACGAGUGCGACAAGACUACUAAUUGCGUUGACGUCGCGUAUGUGGCUCCCUACUGCUAUUUAAAAACCAGCGUGGCCAAGCUGGUGGUGUCUCAGGAAGUGUGGGCAGCGAUGCGUGUUUCUUAG